UCCAACGUAGAAACUUCCUGUAUCGGUGAAGGGUGGGACAGCGGAAGCGGCGGCUUGCAGUGGUGACAUACGUUUUGCCUGCCAAAUUUGGGACAUAUUUUACAAAAAUGCCGGCCUACCACUCAAGCCUGAUCGAUGCAGACACCAAAUUGGUGGGAAAUAUGGCAUUACUGCCCCUCAAAACGCAGUUUAAGGGUCCUGCUCCUAAAGAAACUAAAGACACAGAUAUUGUUGAUGAGGCCAUCUACUACUUCAAAGCCAAUGUUUUCUUCAAGAACUAUGAAAUUAAGAAUGAGGCUGACCGGACUUUGAUCUACACAACUCUUUACAUCUCUGAAUGCCUCAAGAAGCUGCAAAAGUGUAGUUCAAGAGGACAAGGAGAGAAAGAGAUGUACACGCUGGGAAUCACCAACUUUCCCAUCCCAGGAGAGCCUGGCUUCCCUCUGAAUGCAAUGUACGCUAAACCCUCCAACAAACAGGAGGAAGAAACAAUGAGGGCUUACCUGCAACAGAUCAGACAGGAGACGGGACUGAGAUUGUGUGACCGUGUGUUUGACCCUCAGACAGACAAACCAAGCAAGUGGUGGGUGUGCUUUGUAAAGAAACAGUUCAUGAACAAAAGUCUGUCUGCACCUGGCCAGUAAUAAUCAACUCGGGAUCUCUCUUGGUACUUGUGUGUGAAUGGAUUCUUUAAUGUCUGCUUUUUCUUUUUCACUAUGCGUGAAUGUGUUUAUUCCGAUUCUGUAAAGAUACAUUUUUUACUGGUAAUAUCAAGUAUAUUUGAUAUCCGGCCUGUCAUGUAAAACAGGAGCUGAUCAAAUAAAAUCCAUUAAAGAGAGAAA